AAGUGCUCCGAAUUCCGAUGCAAUGGUAGCAGACCAGAGUCGUGAUUUCCUCAAGUUAGCAGUAUAUUGUUUAUUUCCAGUCCUCUUAUUUCUUGCCGUGAAUGUCUUCAAGAAGGUGCGACGAACCCCGAAAUCGCGCUCAGUCGCCAUUCUCGUGUUGGGCGAUGUGGGACGCAGCCCGCGAAUGAUGUACCAUGCAGAGAGCUUUGCGAGGCUAGAAUUUAACACCUAUCUUAUUGGAUACAGAGGCUCCAACCCGAUACCUUCGCUAACCUCCCUCCCGCAUAUUAGGUUAUCCUACCUCUCAGAACCGCCACUGUUUGUUGCACGGAUCCCUUUCGUUCUCGCCGCUCCGAUCAAAAUUUCGUACCAGAUAGCCACAAUCCUAUACACGCUAAUCUUUGACAUACCCCGUCCGCCCGAGUUUAUUAUGGUGCAGAAUCCCCCAAGUAUCCCUACUCUUGCCCUAGUGUGGCUUGUCGGAGGGAUGACCGGAAGUAAAAUCAUUAUCGACUGGCAUAACCUCGGGUAUAGCAUUCUCGCAUUGAAAUUGGGAAGGCUGCAUCCGCUCGUCAAAAUUGCAAAACAAUUUGAGAUCAUAUUUGGUCGUUCUGCAUAUGCUCACCUUUUCGUCACCGACGCUAUGCGAGGACAUUUGAUGCAGGAAUGGGGAUUGAUAGGACACAAGGCAGUCUUGCAUGAUCGUCCGCCCAGCCACUUUCAUAAGUGCCCACCUCUAGACGUACACGAGCUCUUCCUGCGACUGGGACGCUCAAUAUCGCCGUCACUUGCAGCAUUUCUCCCCAGUGCUUCGCCACCUUACUCGACCCAACUCACUGAAAUAGUUGAUUAUCGUGGACUCCCACCGUCCACCAUUCCCCCAGCUUCUCAUGCGUCCGAUCUCAGCUUGCUGAGUAUGCCCAGUCUUCGAAAAGAUCGCCCAGCGCUGCUAGUGAGCAGUACGUCAUGGACACCAGACGAAGACUUUGGCAUUCUCUUGGAGGCAUUGAAACUCUACGAGUCUCGUGCUCGUGAAGUAAACGUUACAGAUUGCGAGAAAUGCGAUUCAAAGGAACAACAAGUCUUGCCUCGCAUAUGGAUGGUCAUCACAGGCAAGGGUCCGCUUAAAGAACGAUACAUGACAGAAGUAAAGCUCUUGCAAAAAAACUGGCAGUAUGUCAGGUGCACGAGUUUAUGGCUUGAAGCCGAAGACUAUCCCCUUCUUCUGGGCUCUGCUGACUUGGGCGUCUGUUUGCACUCAAGCUCGUCCGCGCUCGACUUACCGAUGAAAAUCGUUGAUAUGUUCGGAUGCGGACUCCCUGUUUGUGCCCUCGAUUUCGCAUGCCUUCCAGAGCUGGUCAAAGACGGUAUCAACGGUCUAAUUUUCAGAAAUGCAUCUCAGCUUGCAGACCAACUAGAGACCCUCCUCACUUCAUUUCCUUCCUCACCUGCACUUGAUUCCUUACAGAAAUCUCUGGAGCGCGCAUCACAGGUACCGCUCAAUGUCGAGCAUCAUGCCCAUAACCACGAACACCAGGAAGGUGCCGACUGGGAGUGGGGCUCCUGGUCAGAGAACUGGAACCGUGUUGUGAAACCCCUAGUGCUGACAGAUGCAGAACGAUUUAGUUGACCGUAGGUCAACUGUCAGAGUGAACCGUGACGGGGUUCUGUAUGGAAUCGUUUGGUUUUGAUCAGACUUAUAGGUUGCCAUCUACCUACAUUCUGAAUUUCUGCGCAAUAUUGUGACUUUUUACCAGCGCUCGUUGUUCGUCUGCCAACAAGUGCCCCUUGAGAUCUGGUGGGUGGAAGGGGCUCAUCGUAAGCGGAUUCCGGAACGGCAUGAGGCCAACCCAAAACCAAUCAAAUGUAGCAGCACUGCAAGACUACUGAUUGGCAUUGCGGCAGCC